CGGAAGCGCGCGACUGCGCAGUACACGCAAAACAUGUGCUAUUGCCAGCUCGAAUCAUAGAUACAUCAUCAGCAGCUUCGGAACAUCGUCGUCAUUAUUUUCUCCAGCUAGUGUUGCAUAUCGUCGUAAUAAUUCGUUUCUAGACAAUACAAGAUUUAGAACAUAACAUUUUUAAUAUAUAAAAGUAGAAUCAACCGGAUUUCGCGAUUGUGAUUAACUGAAAGCAAGUUAACAGUAGUUUCGAAUCACCAUGGGAAGCUUUUUGUCACACCCAACAGGGACGGAAGUUUUGAAGAAGAACCAGGAAUAUAUCUCCGAAAUGAACAAGAUAAAGAUGGAACGCUGGAUCCAGAUGCACUACCAGAUCAAAGAACGGGAAGCAGCGAUGGAAAUAUCACGAGCCCGGGAACUGUUCUAUUGGCUAUCGUCCUUCUACUGCGUCUCAACUGUUGGCUUUAUCGGUCGGUUCAACACCACCCGGCGACCCGCAGUGCUAGCACCAAUUGUGCCGUUAACAUUCCUCGUGGCUUACUAUGCUGACCUGGCGUAUGGAACUAAAGUUCAUAGGAUAAUAGCCGAAGCGGAAAUGAUAAUGCAACACGAGCCCGAAUUGCUUGAGUGGCCCAGUGGCUUACCUACGGUUUCGGAAAUUGAUUCGGCACGUCUGGAGAAUGAUGAUAGGAUCCGUAUGCAUCCUCAUCAACUGUAAGUGCUAGAAAAACGGGGAACAUACCGCACAGACUCUGAAGUGCUCAUGUAGGUCAACCAAAGCUUUAUCACAAAGAUGCGAUUACAUAUAUCAUACCGAACUUCGAGAACGGGUAAGCGAAAUAGAAUGGGACAGAGGAGGAUAUCAUAAAUGUAAUAGGAACAUUUCCUCUUUCAAAUUGUUAUGUGUUUUAACCCCUACUGACAGCAUAUAUGUACAUAUCGUGUUGAACGUCUGGUUUGUAGUAUUUCGUGUUUCGUUCGAUUUUUGGUGUUGGUGAGUGUAUCGUGUCGAACAAGUAAACCAUUCGAGAACACCUGCUGAAUCAUAAUAGGUUUUUACAGCUUGGCUCAUAUUUCCAGCUCGCUUCUCUAUCAUGAAAAUAAAUGCAAAGAAAUAUCACAGUAGGUUUCAUGCAAAGGCGCCUCCCAGGAUGAUAUGUAAUACAUCUAGGAAAACUAUCAACUAGUAUUCAUCGUUAAGUGUAACUUCCAACUUCAAUAUUAUAUAAAAAGCAUUUCAACGCGUUCAUCUUAUUGAAAAAUAAUCCAUUUAUCGGUGUUGUUCCAAACAUACAAGAAAACAAUAACAUUCGUGCAUUAACGACUAUUAAAAAUUGUUAAAACUAGUCCAUUGUUGAAAAACCGAUAAUAAACCUUUUAGCUGUUUACUGUACUAAAUUUUCCUCAAGGUGCUGAACUUCUCUUCGUGUCCAAGUAUUACACGUUAUUUAGCUAAGCCAAAAAAACGAGUCCCUUUAUAAUUAUUACUCGAAGCGACCACUUAACAAAAAAGUUAUAAACUUACGAUCGAAAUAAAAUCAUUGUACACAUUUAACAGUUCCAUAA